UCCAUUUUGCUUGGGACCUUCAUCCAACACUAGACUGAUAGCCUAGGUAAGGUCUGAAAGGUUUCUAUUCGACACUUUCACAUACAAAGCACAGUGCAGCUGCCUUCGCUUCGCAAGUAAGAUGCUCUUCUUGUGGUAUGUCUGUAGCUUGUGUUGCUUGCAUGCUGCUGCAUCUGUUCCCGCUGGAUUCAUCCAAUCUGAGCAGAAGCCAACUGCAACACCCCCAUUGCAGGCACACAAAAGAAAAGUGUAAUUGACUGAUGUUUUUUGCUCUGCUUUUUGGAGGGUGGAAAUCGGACUGUUGAGGUUUGGCUUUAACACUUUUGGGCAGAUUAGGCGGAGACUCUGAGUUCUGGCUAGAUGUAUAUGGGAUAGCUUGUAGAGAAUUACCAGAGAAAGGGAACGAGCCCUGACGGAUUGAUAAACCCUCUGUCCACUUAUGUUUCCCACGGGAUCCAGCCUAAUCGCCGCAGAACGCCCUUUCACCUUGGAAGGAGAGUGCAGCCUGCCAUCCCAUGCCUUCCCCAACCCAAGGCCCCUAUGAGAGAGGCCUUUAAAGAGGAGGGGAUUUGAUCAAACAAUCCAGCUCUCUAAGCCAGGAUGGAGAGUGGACCAGGACAGGGAGCGGGGUCAGGCUCGAGCCAGGCUGUGGAGGCUGAGCCCCCCAUCCAGCGGAUGACUUCUCCAAUCGGGAGAGGAAGGAAUGCAGGGCUGGCCUCCUGCAAGCACAACGGUCUGAUCAACACCCGCAGCUUGAUGGUAGAGACUAAAGAAGGGCUGGUGUCGGUGUACUCGGCCCCCCAGUAUCAGGGUCACAUGGUGGUCAACCUGUCCCCUCAGCAGGAGCAGAAUGGUCAGGGGGUGGGCGGAGGAGGGGGACCCCCACAGCUGCUCAACCCCAGCGCUCUGCCCCAGGGCAUGGACCCCUGCUUCAGGCCCAAUCUGAUCCUGUACUCUGAAAACAUGCUGCGGGCCUGGGGGGAUGGAGGAGUCGGGGAUUGCUGUGAGACCACCUUCAUAGAGGACUUGGCAUCCGGCUCCUCUGCUGCCUCCAAGGAUGGGCUGAUGUUUGCCGAUGGAAAGUUCCUGGAACUGUCUGUGGAGGAUGCAAAGAUCCAGACCCUGUCUUAUGACAUUGACGAUGAUGAUGAGUUCCAAGAGCUGGAGAGCGAGUACUCGAGCGACUCCGAGAGUGAGGACAACUUCCUCAUGAUGCCACCAAGAGACCACUUGGGCCUGAGCGUCUUCUCCAUGGUGUGCUGCUUCUGGCCCCUGGGGAUCGCUGCCUUCUACCUGUCCCACGAGACGAACAAGGCAGUGUCUAAGGGGGACUUCCACUUGGCCAGCUCCAGCUCCAGACGUGCCCUCUUCCUGGCUGUGCUGUCAAUCACCAUCGGGACAGGCAUAUAUGUGGGCCUGGCUGUAGCGCUCAUCGCAUACCUCUCCAAGAACCACCACUUGUAGCCUUGCCCUGGCCCCACCCCCUGCACUACAGGACUGAUUGCGCUGGGGGGGGGAAGGGGAGUGGUUCACUUGGGGGCAGUUUAACAAUGGAAUUUAGGCCUGCAAACUAUGGGACUAUCAGGAUGAACAGAACCUGGCCAUAUGGUUGACUCAAUUCAUGGGAUGUAACAUAAGAGGGUUAUGAUAUGGAAAAUAGUCUUGUAAUGGUCAAGUCAUUCUCUCAUUUUGACAAAGAAAAACUGGAAACUCGUUAGUCGUUCCAUACACAACUGAAUAUUUUGUUCUUCAGAUGUCUAAAAUUGGUGUGUGAGUUUUACCAAGGCAAGACACAUCCUUUGAGAGGUCAGACCAACCUGCACUAAAUAUUACCUGUACCAAGGGCAUAGUGUUAGUUUACGGGGCAUGCUCUCUGCUCGGUUAACGGUGAGUUGUUGAGUGGGCUGCUUUAUGUUCAGCUACAUUUACCGCACUAUCAGUCACAUUUGGCAGCUCCUGUCGAGUAUAAAGAGGGUGGAUAAAAGUGCUUUUAAAGCUGUCACUCAUCCAUACAUUCAACCUGUAUACAUGUAUUCUACAUCACAUUGAAUUGAUCUGUGGAAGUCGCAUAGUAGACACUGCAGCUCACUUAUUAAGUAAGGUGAUGGUCUAUAUACUGCACUCUAAUACAGUAUCUUGGUGGUCCUAUUAUCUCAAGGGAGAACUGAUGUGUCCUCACGGCACAAUAUUUUUUAACACAUGCCACACACCUGAAAUGUGGAGCUUUGUUGUAACCCUACGACAACAUGCUUUUGUGUUUCGUCAGGGAGAUCAAGUGCACAGGCUUGCAGCUCUCUGACAGAACCUGCUUACACAGAGAUACCUCCAUGUUGAUAGGCACAAAUCACUAAGGAAGAGAAAGCAGACAAGUCUUUGGAGGCAGAAGCCAUGCUGUAAAUACCUCGAUACAUGCCUAACUGCAAUAUUUUUUUUUUGCAAUACUAUUUAUUUUCCUGUUGUAUACUGCUACUAUGUAUGGGCGGCACGUAGCCUAGCAGUUAAGAGCGUUGGGGCGGUAACCAAAAAGGUUGCUGGUUCGAAUCCCAGAGACGACUAGGUGGGAAAUCUGUCUAUGUGCCCUUGAGCAAGGCACUUCACCCUAAUUGCUCCAGAAUUGCCAUCAAUAAUGGCUGAUCUCUGGCUGUGACCCCACUUUCUGAGGGUGUCUCAGGGGGAGUGAGUUAUGCAAAAAACACAUUUCCAAUUCACACAUAUGUAUAAUACACACUUGUACAUGUGUGAAGUAGGACAAAUGUAAUUAUUAUUAUGUCAAAACUGUCGAUUUUGGGGGGAAACUCAUUGGACUCAGUGUUUGACAUAAAAGUGCUUGCAAAUUAAAUGUAUUUCCAUAAAAAAAAUGGCUGAUUUCACAGUCUGACUUGGGUUAGUUCAGCUGCUAAAAUUAUAGUUUUUUUCCUUCAUGCACACAGUAUUACCACAUUAAGUAAUAUGGUCUUGCAGGUUAGGCUAUUUUGUUGCAUAUACUGUACAGUAUAAAAUACUUUUAAAAAAAAUACUAUGUGCAAUGUAAAGGCUUCUAACAAACAAAAAUAUUACUUGAACACACCAAAAGAUUACUGAGUGUUUAUUGAGGUCAAUAUAGACAUACAUUAUGGACCCUGCUCAAGCAUCAGGUUUCUCCACUCACUCCCCUAACUCCCUAUCCUCUCCUCCACUGCACACACACUAUUGCAACUCUAUUACACCCAGCCUUGCACCCAAGAAUGACUAAUCACCUGCACGCACUGUGCAUAUUUCAUGGCAGCAGAAACAUCUCACUGCCUGUCAGAAAUAUUAGCUUGCCAGGCGCCCAGAUGAUUUAUACAUUUUACAUGACAUUGCGGGCACCUUAAUUGCUCCAACCCCUCUUCUUCUGUCCCUCCUAUAUGAUAUGAGAGUGUGGGAUUGGGUGAUUGGAGGUUUGGUGAGUGGGACCCUGUGGACACGAUCAGAGGGAGGCCGGGUUUCUCUCUAAUUAAUGAAAACGUAAUUCAGCUCAGAGCGGAUGUUCCGCUGGCUGUAAUUAACGCGUCUCUAUGUGCUUGCCAAGACUUCAAUG